AUGUCGAACAUAACAAUUGACCCAGCCAUCCUCUCAACAGCCACCAACAAAACAGUCCUAAUAACCGGCGCAGCGCGCGGCAUCGGCGCUGCAACAGCAAAACAAUUCAACGCCCACGGCGCAAAUGUCGUCCUAGCAGAUCUGGCGCAGUUCCGGUCCACAGCAGAGGGUUUAAUUGAACACGACUUGCCAGAUCCCAGCCGGGCGAUUUUUGUCCAAGGCGAUAUCGUCGAUUGGAUCGAGUUGAGAGAAUGUUUUAAGAAGACAUUAGAGAGAUUUGGCGGUAUUGAUAUCGUCGUUGCUAACGCGGGGAUUAUGGAGUCUAGAUCGGUGUUGGAUUUCGAAGUCGAUGAAGAUGGGGAGUUGAAGGAGGAUGAUGAAGCGAAGAGGGUUUUUGACGUUAAUCUGAGGGGCACUUUGAAUAGUGAGUAUCGAUAUGCAAUGGAUGCAUUCUACUUUGGCGGAACCGGAGUCACAGCGUACGUUGCUUCGAAGCACGGGGUCUUAGGACUUCUUCGUGCAUCUCAGGUCAAGGCUCGUGAACAGGGAAUUCGAAUUAAUGGCAUCGCGCCGUUCCUGACACCGACGCAUAUUACAGCGGGAUUUGCGGAGAGGUGGCGUGGGUGCGGACUCGAAGAGAAUACGCCUGAGCGAGUGGCUGAGGCUAUUGCCUUUGUUGCGUUGGAUGAGGGGAGGAGUGGGGAAUGCCUGUUGGUUGCUGGCAGGUUUCUUCGAGAACUAGAAUCGUCGCGUGCGAAGCUUAUUCCUACUUGGCUGGGUGAGGAUGUGGCGCAGUUCCUAUCUACUGCUAUGCAGUUCUUCGUUAAUAUUGGUGGGUAUGUACUGCCCAAGAAGUACUGA